AUGGAGGAAGAAACAGUGCAGCGUAAAGGCUCGCACUUGAAGAAGAGGGCUCUGAAGAACAAAGCUUUGGGCAUCACUUUCAACGAGAAAGACCUGAAAGACUACGUCACUGGCUUUCACAAGCGCAAAAAGAAGAGAAGAAAGGAAGCCCAGAAGCAACAGGACGAGGCACUGCGCCGCAAACGCUGCGAAGAACGCAAGAAUAGGAAAUUGGAAAGAGAAUUCGUCUUGUAUGGAGGCGUCACGUCUGAUCAAAUUGAGGAGCGUCAAGAAGAAGUUACCGACCAAGUUGAAUCUAUUGCAGAAACGAAGACCUAUGAAAACGCUGAUUUAAAAAUUACUGUGGUGACAAGUGAGAUAAACGCUGAAGAAGAAAAUUAUCCUAGUGAGAAGAAGGAAGAAGCAAUGGCCUCCCAUUCUGUUGUGCCUGAUAAAAGGCAAGGGGUACCUAUAAGUAAUCGGAAAUCUUUUAAGAAGGUUGCAAAACAUAAGUCACGGCCAAAGCCAUCAAGUAAGAGAGAUAAGAAGAAAGGAAAGAAGCGAGGCAAGAAGUAA